CAACAAAUCGCCCGCAUUUGUGUGAUGACAGUUUACUGUUCCAUAUUUCAGGUCACUUGAAAUUCCUCCUUAAAGCUAUCAAAAAACUAAGGUGGCCGACUGAAGAGGAGUUGCGUAUUCAAGAUGCUCGCUUGCAGUUUGAUAACAUCAACUUAUUUGACAUGCGCGCUAUCAACAAAGCGGAACACGAUUUUUGGUGCAGUCUCAGGAAAAGGUGUCUCUUACCCGAGUCCAAGAUUUUUGGGACAGAGGAUGAAUUAAAAGCCAAACUCGUUGAUCUGAGGAACGGGUACCUCAUGAUAUUUGCUGUAGUCAAUAGUUUGUGGCUGAUCUUCAUCAUGCUGCUGACCAAUCAAAAGGUUUUGUUUUUACUCGGAUCAAAUCCUUUAGGCUUAGCCUUUCUGUUCGUUUUCGGCUUCGUUCUGAUUAUUCAGUUCCUGGCAAUGAUUGUACAUCGGUUUGCUGCGUGGAUGCACAUGAUUGCGCGUGCCCCGUACAAGUUCGGGCAGCCCUAUCACACAAACUGGGCGUUCAAUCCCCAAGAGGAGGAUUUCAUCGACCGUCGAAUCGCACAGGAGGGCCAAGAACGGGCUCGGCGAAGGACCGAACACAAUGUAGAAGUACGUGUCAGGAAAAAGCAGGUACGAAAGCUACCUGUCUCUGAAGUGGAAACUAGCUUCAAAGCUGGCGACAACCCAGACAUCAAUACGCCAUUGUUGAGGGAAUCACGGAAAAGCACUUCUUACGUGACAUAAAGGCCUUUCUUUAGCUUCCAAAUCCUGGCCACUCGAAAUAUUUUACCAAUAUACACCAUGACUACAUGGAAUUGAAUAUUGUCGUGUAUGUGAUUUCAGGCCAUGGCACAGAGUAUUUAUAUACUGUAUAGCGGGUCACCAUCUUUUAUACAUGUUUCACAAUUUUACAAUUGAUAAAGCGAAGUCAUACACUGCAACUGUAAUAUUUUUCUUAUCUUUAUUUACUCUGAAAUUCUUUUAUGUCAUUUAUUUCUUUUAUUGUCAUUGAAUAUAUUAUUAUAAUUGUACAUAAACUACAUUCUUUCCUUUAUCAUUUUUCUACAUAGUGAUCCUAAUCACUAAUUCUAAUUUUUAAAGGUAAUAAUAGUAUGCUUUUGUUCUCACCAAUUUACUUGAAUAACGCCAUUUUUAUAAGAUGUGCCAAUUGAUAUAUUUUGCUUAUAUUUUUGCUGAAAUGACAUUUAAUAUGCUAGAUUAUUAAUAUUGAACAACAAGGAAAUGAACUUAGAGUUAAACUGUUGGAAUUUUCUGCAAUAAAACACUAAAUCUUACGUAAUUUCACUGCCAUUUAAAAAGAAAUGUAUUUUAUACUUUUGGGUGAUGGCGAUGUCAGGUCAGCUGUGGGAUAGAAUAAAAUGGUUACGUAACUCUGUGAUUACCCAUUGUGGUUAGCGGAGGUGGGGAGGGGGAGUCACAACCUGAAAUUAAGGUUCCCUUUUUAACAUUUAUUUUUAAUAUUGUUAUUGUAAUUCUAAAUUAUUGAGUACACUGAAGCCAUAACUUGUUAGUGAAUCGUAUUGUAUUAAUAAUGUUAUGAACUCUUUUUCAAAUGCUGGCAUUAAUAUUAUGUUAUUUCGAUCUUAUUUCCAAAUUAGAGUAUACAGCAUAGAGUGAUAGAAGCGGUUAAACCUGUGCGUAUAAUUCCAUGUUCAGAAAUAAAUUUCAUGUUAUCUUA